GGGUUGUUUAAUUUAGCUCAUUGAUGUCUUCUGGUCAAGUGAAGGGAAGUGGGAAAUGGGUAACCGCGCGGCUACGGCGUUAAAGAGGGGAGCUCUGGAUUGUCUGGAGGCAACCGCGGGACUCGCGUCCACCUCUACCUGUCAUCGCCUAAGACGGCUCCCCCAUCCCAGCUUUCUACGAUCUGAUUCCCACGAAUUGCCUUCUCCGCUAUCUUACUCGUCCUUAUAUCUGUGACCUUGUUCCUCUACUUUCCGCUUUGUUUCGACUGAUUCCUUGUUGCCCAUAAUGUCCGGAUAUGACCGAGCUCUUUCAGUGUUUAGCCCUGAUGGGCACGUCUUCCAGGUGGAGUAUGCCAUGGAAGCUGUUAAGAGAGGAACCUGUGCCGUCGGAGUAAAAGGUAAAGACAUUGUCGUGCUGGGAUGCGAAAAGCGUUCGGCCUUGAAGCUCCAAGAUACCCGCAUUACACCAUCGAAGAUCGCCAUGCUGGACAACCAUGCCGUUCUCGCUUUCGCUGGAUUGAAUGCCGAUGCCCGUAUUCUCAUCGAUAAGGCCAGGCUAGAAGCCCAGUCCCACCGUUUGACCGUUGAAGACCCCGUCACUAUCGAAUACAUCACCAAAUAUAUUGCCGGUGUGCAGCAGCGGUACACGCAGAGUGGAGGUGUCCGGCCCUUCGGUAUUAGUACCCUGGUUGUGGGAUUUGAUCCAAAUGACCAGGUGCCGAGAUUAUAUCAGACUGAACCUUCGGGUAUCUACUCUGCUUGGAAAGCCAAUGCUAUCGGCCGUUCCAGCAAGACCGUCCGCGAAUUCCUCGAGCGCAACCACCAGGAUGAAAUGGACCGCGAGCAGACAAUUCAGCUCACCAUCAAGUCGUUGUUGGAGGUCGUGCAGACCGGUGCCAAGAACAUCGAGGUGGCCAUCAUGUCGCCUGGGAAGAUGAUUGAGAUGCUGCCAGAAGAUCAGAUCGAGGCUUACGUUAAGAGUAUAGAGACGGAGAAGCAAGAGGAGGCAGCGAAGAAGAAGACAGCUCGGACCGGCACCACGACAGCGGCCAUCCUAACAAGAGGUGGAGAGUCUAGCGAGACCCGGGAGUAGGCUGGUUUAGCGAAUUAGAGCUACAUGCCUCUAGUUGACGUCCUACACGCUUUUCCUUUCCCACCCUUUUUAUAAUACUGGAGAUCUGGCCGAAGCGACUUUUACGACAAUAAAGAACUCUUUUCCCGUCGUUUAUACACAGGUCCCCCUGCGGGAUCUCUAUAGGAAUAUCGUCGUCUAAAGAUUUGUAGUC